AUGAACAAGUGUUUGGAUAAGGAGAGAAAUGAUCUCCUUCUUUUCAAAGCUCCCCUUCAACACCAUGAUGAUAGUCUCUCUACAUGGAGAGCUGAUGAACAUGACUGCUGUAAAUGGAGUGGAGUCAUGUGCAGCACCCAAACAGGUCAUGUCACAGAGCUUUACAUUUCCGGUUGUAGUUUUGUAGGUGAGAUAAGCCGUUCAUUGCUUAACCUAACCUACUUGAAUAUUCUUGAUCUUUCCUACAAUUCUUUUCAUGUAACCAUUCCCACCUUCAUUGGUUCCUUGACUGAGCUAAGUUACCUUGAUCUUUCCUACAGUUCUUUCAAUGGAACCAUUCCCAGGUGCAUUGGUUCCUUGAGAGAAUUAAGGCAAAUUGAUCUUUCAAAUAACUCUCUUUAUGGAACCAUUCCUCCAGAGUUUGGAAACCUCACCAACUUGCAAUACCUUGACCUUUCAAAUGUUGGAAGGUGUAGAGUUGAAAACAUAGAGUGGUUGUCUCAUCUCUCUCUUUUGGAGGAUCUGAGAAUGGAUGGGAUUUCCCUAGCCACAACAAAUCAUUGGGUAGAUGCCAUUCUGAGUCUCCCAAAACUAACACAUUUAUCUUUAGGUGGAUGUGAGCUGUCACAGGUCGUGUAUCCAUAUUCUUCUUCAUUUCUCAACUCUUCUUCUUCUUCUUCAUCUAUUGAGUCCCUUCAUCUUGGAAACAACAAUCUCAACUCAUCCAUGUAUCGCUGGUUGCUCCCAUUAACCACCAAUAACCUCUGUUCUCUUGAUCUCUCUGGCAACAUGUUAGAUGGUAUACCCAAAUAUCUUGGUAACCUCUGUAGUUUGGUAAGUUUGAACUUCAGUGACAACUCUGCCAUUAUCAAAUUUCUUGAUUUUCUCACCAACUUGUCUGGAUGUACAUCGCUUACAUUAGCAGAUUUGAGUGCUUAUGGAAGCCAAUUUACAGGGUCAUUGUCCGAUGAGAUCCAAAAGUUUUCGUCCCUAGAUUAUUUGGACCUAUCUGAUAAUCACUUAAAUGGAAGUAUAAGUGAGAAACUGUGGGAACUACCCUGGCUCCAAACCCUUGACCUUUCUUUUAAUAAUCAUAGAGUUCCUUCCACAUAUCACUUGUCAAACAUCUCUUAUGUUAAAUAUCUUGAUCUGAGCUCUUGCAAGCUGCUAGGGCCUCGCUUCCCCAAAUGGAUUCACACAUUCAAAAAUCUUUACCAUCUUGAUCUUUCUAAUACUGGAAUUUCAGACACAAUUCCUUUGGAGUUUUGGGACGUGUGGCCUUAUCCUUUAACAUAUCUGAAUCUCUCUUCCAACAAUAUUAGUGGGAAAGUGCCAGAUUUAUUUUUAAUCUUUGACGCAUAUUCAGUGAUAGAUUUGAGUUCCAACAGCUUUUAUGGUCCAAUACCGAAAUUCUCUUUCGAAAUGGAAUCAAUAAAUCUUUCCAGAAACAAAUUCUCUGGAGGAAUCUCUUUCAUAUGCCAAGCUGUUUAUGGAUUCUUAUUAUUUCUUGACCUCUCUCAUAACUCAUUAAGUGGACAACUCCCGGACUGUUUGUGGAAUUUCGAUUCCCUAACAGUUCUUAAUCUGGGACACAACAAUUUCUUUGGUAGGCUUCCUCCCUCCAUUGGAUCUAUGAUACAACUCCAGGUGUUGUAUUUAUACGAUAACAACUUCUCUGGAGAAUUGUCUUUCUCUUUAUAA